AAAUGUAAAAAAAAACAUACAAAUGGUGCUGUCAUUUGCCGUUGCAUUGCAUUUUAUCGCCGACUGAAUUUCCGAGAUUUUGUGGAAUAAGUAUUUAUAAGCAUUUCGACUGUUAAACUAAGUAAUUUUCUCACAUUUUUAAUUGUUAUAAGUGUUUAUAUAAGAAUUUGUUACAAAUGGAUGCCUUUGCCAAGCUAAAAUUGCAUUUGCCAAAAAUCAGCGUUCCUUGCGAAAAUCUACCGAUUUACAAAGAUGAGUGUGUGUAUUCAUAUGAUAAUCCAGAGUCGCCAACUGGUUUGUACGUGAGUUUGACCAGCUUCUUAGGCUUUGGAGAAGAAUAUGUUACCAAAUAUGCUGAAAAAACUGGCAAUCGAGUGUUUUUACAUAUUCAACGUGAAAAGAUCUUAAAAGAGUGUGUGGAUAGCGCUGGUAACACAACUGCGUGCGAUGAGGCUGGUCCCGAGCGCAAGAUCACCCGCUUGGCUAUCGGCAUCGAAGGCGGUUAUAAUGAUGCAGAUGCAAAAAAAUAUGACUAUAAGGAUACAUAUAAUAUUGUUAUUAUGCCAGAUAAUAUUAAAUUUCCUUAUCCUGAUCCAGAAUUGCCCCUCUUGAUAACGCAAUCGGUUGAGUCUCUGUUGGCACAAGAUUCAGCAAUUGCUAAAUUAGAAAAAGAAAUAUUAACGGGUACUUGGGACGGAGAAGUACGACAAGUUUCUAAAUUUUCACAUAAUCUUGAGCAGUUGAACAAUGGUAAGAAAAUACCACCGUCUGGUUGGAAAUGCGAAAAGUGUGAUCUCACUAACAAUCUCUGGCUGAAUUUAACUGAUGGCUCCAUACUAUGUGGUCGUAAAUUUUUUGAUGGCUCCGGUGGCAACGAUCAUGCAGUUGAGCAUUAUAAGGAUAAACAAUAUCCGCUAGCCGUAAAACUUGGCACUAUAAGCGCUGAUGGCAAGUCAGACGUGUUUUCUUAUGCAGAAGACGACAUGGUAAUAGACGAAAAAUUAGAAGAACACUUGGCUCAUUUUGGAAUUAACAUGGCUGCUAUGAAAAAAAGUGAAAAGUCAAUGGUUGAACUUGAAUUAGAGAUCAAUCAGCGUAUUGGAGAAUGGUCACUCUUAACAGAAAGUGAGAGUGAACUAAAGCCAUUGGCUGGAGCAGGUUAUACAGGCAUGCGAAAUUUAGGAAACUCCUGCUAUAUUAAUAGCGUUAUGCAGGUACUUUUUACUCUUCCUGAUUUUAAGAACCGGUUUGUAAAUCAAGGUGCCGAAAAAUAUUUUAAAGAAUUUCCUCAAGAUCCUGCCAACGAUUUUAAUAUACAAAUGUCAAAGUUAGGCAAUGGUCUGUGGUCCGGAAAAUACAGUUCUGUUUCUGAAAAUUCGUUAGAUUCAGAAACAACAGGUAUAUCCCCAGCAAUGUUUAAGAAUAUUAUUGGAAAAAAUCAUCCUGAUUUUAGUACAAAGCAACAACAAGAUGCAUGCGAAUUUUAUUUACAUUUAAUUAACCUUUUGGAAAGAAAUUCCAUAAAUGAUGUAAAUCCAACCGAUGCUUUAAAAUUUAGUGUUGAAGAUCGUGUAGAAUGCAUCAGCAGUAAAAAAGUACGUUACUCGCGUCGGGACGAAUACUGUCUACCAUUACAAAUACCACUUGAUAAAGCAUCUAAUCUUGAUGAAGUGAAAGAAUAUUUGGAAAGAAAAUCUGCUAGUGGUGGAACUGUUAACAACGACAAGGAUGUUGUGCGUCAUAAAGUAACUUUGCAUGCCUGCCUUGAACAACUUUUUGCACCCGAAAUGAUAGAACAGUUUUUCUCGUCUGCCAUAAAUAGCGUAACAACGGCAAAAAAGACCACACGAAUAGCCACAAUGCCAGAUUAUUUAAUGUUGCACUUGCGUAAAUUCACUUUAGGGGACGAUUGGGUACCCAAAAAGCUUGAUGUUUCAGUACAAAUGCCUGAUGAGUUGGAUUUAUCCAAUUGGCGUGCGACUGGAUUACAAGCUGGUGAAGAACAGUUGCCAGAAACUGAACCCGUAAAAAGAGGUUUUGUUUUCAAUGAGGAAUUCCUAACACAACUUAUGCAAAUGGGUUUCCCUCAGGAAGCAUGCAAACGCGCCGUAUAUCACACAGAGAAUAGCGAUGUGAAUUCUGCUGCCACCUGGUUAAUGGAGCACAUCGGCGACCCUGAUUUUUCCGAGCCAUUCGUAGUGCCAAGCGAACGUGCUACUGGCGGCGCAGAUAUAUUUGAUCCAGAAAGUAUUGCUACACUAAUGAGCAUGGGUUUUGCAGAACAACGUUCUAGGGAGGCGCUUAGAGCUACCAAUGGAAAUGUAGAGCGUUCGAUGGACUGGAUAUUUUCUCAUGCUGGAGAUGUUGAUACUAAUGAGGAAUCGACAACUGCAAGUACCACCACGGCGGAACCAGCCACAAAAACUUACAGAGAUGGUAAUGGAAAAUAUAAUCUUGUGGCAUUUAUAUCGCACAUGGGUACAUCUUCGCAGGUAGGACAUUACGUUUGUCACAUUAAAAAAGAUGGACAAUGGGUAAUUUUUAAUGACAGUAAAGUAGCCCUAUCACAGAAUCCGCCUAAAGAUUUAGGCUACUUGUAUUUAUAUAAACGCGAUAAUUAAUAAUAAAAAUCAUAAACUAAAAAAUUUUGCUUUUAUGGAUAAAAACUCGUUUGUGCAACGCCGCUCAGAAUUAUUUAUAAUAAAUACAAUUUUUGAAUGAAUAAAAUUUAUUUAAACAUA